GGGAAGUGAGUUAGCUAUCAGUGUGCUGGUUUGGAGAUUGGCACAGGAACAUACAACUAUUUACCCUUCAAAUGUGUACAUUUUAUCUGGAGUAAAGUUUAAAGUGCGGCUAGACUUUUUAAUAAAACCAUGUCGGACAGUCCAGACUUGCCACCAAGCGAUGAACAGAAUUUGGAGAUACAAGGCUCUGUUACUAACUGCUCAGAUGCGGUGACUGCGGGACAAGAGGAAAACAUGUUUAAUGACCGACAGUACUAUUGUGAGAUGUGCCACCAGCACUUCGUAGAUCGGUGCGAGGUUCAUGGGGCGCCGUUAUUUACUUACGAUUCACCAGCGACUAAGGGGACUCCUCAGAGGGCUCUCUUAACACUCCCACAAGGUUUGGUGAUAGGCAGAUCAAGCAUUCCCAAUGCAGGACUUGGAGUUUUCAACCAAGGCCAGACUGUGCCUUUGGGGAUGCAUUUUGGACCUUUUGAUGGAGAGGUGACCAGUGAGGAAAAGGCAUUAGAUAGUUCAAAUUCUUGGGUAAUUUGCAGAGCCAAUAAUCAAUGUAGUUACAUGGAUGUAGAGAGAGAUACUCACUCCAACUGGAUGAAGUAUGUGGUGUGCUCAACAAGUGAGAUGGAGCAGAAUCUUGUUGCAUUUCAGCAAAAUGGACAGAUUCUGUUUCGUUGUUGUCGGUCUAUUAGCCCAGGCCAGGAGUUAAGAGUGUGGUAUUCUGAAGAAUAUGCAAAAGGCCUUGGCACCAUCUGGGAUAAGAUCUGGGACAGAAAAUGCACCCCUCCUGGGAAAACCGAAGAACACUCUCAAGAAUGCCCUUGUCCCCAUUGCUGUUACUCCUUUCCAACCUCUUUUUAUCUGGGUAUUCAUGUGAAACGUUCACACCCAGAUCAGUAUGCACAAUUCUUGCAGACACAGCCAAAUGUGUCCACAGACCACUCGCUAGUAGUAGAUGUAGACCAGUGCCUCCUGGCCUCUGAUGCACUUCCUCCAAGACAGGUGCAGCCAAACACAGAUUACUGUCAGGGUCAGGUUUCAAGCCAAAAUGGACAUGACCUAGAAAAGUCAGACAUCACAGAUUUGUCUGAUAUAUGCAAGAAGGGUUCCAACGAGACCACAAACGGUGUAACCGAUGUCUCUGGAGAACCAAAUAAAUGUGGUGAGUGUGACCGCAAUUUUCUGAGGUCUUGUCAUCUGAAGAGACAUCAGCGCACUAUCCACUUCAAGGAGAAGCCUUAUUGCUGCAGCCAAUGUAGGAAGUGCUUCAGUCAGGCAACAGGCCUGAAGAGACACCAACAGACCCACCGGAACGAGGAGAAACAAAUUGAUGCGACCAUACCUUCUGAUAUACACCCCUGCACCGAGUGUUCGUUCUCUUUUGUGACCAAAGUCAAUUUAUUCCAACAUCUCAAGCGCCAUCAUCACGGUGAGUACCUCAGAUUAGUUGCGAAUGGCUCGCUCACACCACAGAAUGAGGCUACAGAGGCUCAAUUCGACAAGAAUGACCCACCCUACGAACCUUCAGUUAGCUCGGGAAAGUCUGUGAAGAGCCGCUUGAGCCGUAGGAUUCGUCCUAAAAAAGUGCCUACUGGACGACCCCGAGGCCGACCGCCGAAGAAUAAGCAUAAAGCCGCAGCCGAGGCACACACGGCUUUACCGGUCUGCGCUAAAUGUGAACAAAGCUUUUCUGAUUCAGAGUUGCAAAAAACUCACCAAUGUCCUGGAAAAGCCAACAAAGAGCCGGAGGAACCGCAAGAAGCACCUGAUUCCCAUCACGUUUGUGGCGAAUGCAAAAGAGUUUUCGUUAAUAUUGAUCUUCUCAAAGCCCACGAUUGUAUUCAGCUGGAAGGUGGGCCUUACAGCUGCUUGAGCUGUAACCUUCACUUCAACCGUUUGUGUAACCUUCGCCGCCACGAGCGCACCAUCCACUCUAAGGAGAGGCCCUACUGCUGCACGCAGUGCCUUAAGUCUUUCGCCCAGUCCUCUGGCUUGAAGCGCCAUCAGCAGAGCCACUCACGCCGGAAAGCGCUCCUUCAGAGCUCUGCGCAGGAGAACGACACCAUUUUUCUCUGUACCUACUGCCCUUUCUCCUUCACGGGUGAACACUACCUUCACAAACACAUACGGCGACACCACCCAGAGAUGAGCGGCAAAUAUCUGAGUUUCGAUGGGGUUUUCUCGGGGGAAAAGCCACACAGCUGCACCCAGUGCUCAAAGAGCUUUAGCACAAUCAAGGGCUUUAAGAACCACACCUGCUUUAAGCAGGGAGAUAAAGUCUACCUUUGCCCCGACUGCGGGAAGGCAUUCAGUUGGUUUAACAGCCUCAAGCAACAUCAGCGCAUCCACACGGGUGAAAAACCGUACACGUGUCAACAGUGCGGGAAGAGUUUCGUGCACGCGGGACAACUGAACGUGCACCUCCGCACGCACACGGGAGAGAAGCCGUUCCUCUGCGCGCAAUGCGGGGAGAGUUUCAGGCAGUCCGGAGACCUGAGGCGGCAUGAGCAGAAGCAUUCGGGAGUUCGGCCAUGCCGCUGCCCAGAUUGUGGGAAAAGCUUCAGUCGACCGCAGAGUCUCAAGGCUCACCAACAGCUUCACGACGGCACCAAGCUUUUCCCCUGUGGUCAGUGCGGGAAAAGCUUUACUCGUGGAUACCACUUGACCCGACAUCUCCAGAAAAUGCACUCUUCACUACCGUAGCCAUGGCGAUACGUUGCUAAUGAAUAUACCAAUGUCAAAUCAAAGGUUUUGUUACUGUUGUUUGGAAAAUAUCUGUAUUUCCGUGGACGCAAAAUUGUCAAUUAAAAAUACCUAUUUGUUGCCGAGACAAGUCUGGAAUGGGUAUAAGAUUAUUUUCUUAAAAAUAGGAUAAGUAGGCACACAAAUACGUGAUAGUUGGAGCCCAAAACCAGAGAAUCAUGGGACAGUUUGUAUUGAGUACAGAGUUAGAACUAUAUUUUAUUAAUUAAAAAAUGCCUAAUUGUUAGACAUUGAUAUGUUUCUAUGAUCGUUAUGUAUUUAUAAUGAUAAAGCUUUUUUCACAAUAAACAUCCUCCCAUUUUGUCCCCCUCCCAAAAAAUAUGCAAUUUCCAGUCUUUUAGUUCAAUAUAUCAUCAAGGAUUUCAUUGGCAAAUAAGUCCUUAAACCACAGGGGUCCUUCGACUUCACUAGAUGCAUGAACAUUUAUCUAUCUUUUAACACACUUUCCAUCUAUGCAGCAGAAAACAUGCACAUCCUGUUUUCCGUACAGUUUGUUUUAAUUUACAAACCUUGAAUUUAGUGUUACAGUUGAGUUUGUGUACAUAUAUUACAUGAUAUCAAGUUAUAACCUUGUGCAAAUUACCGUGUGAUGCUUGUUUUAUUAAAGGUGCAGUUUGUAAGAAAUUUGCAGUAAAAUAUCCACUAGGCUAGUGUUAUAUAUUUUGUACUUGAGUACUUACAAUAUCUCAAAUGUUUCCUACUACUUGUAAAUCGUGGGGAAAUCUCCAUUCUAAACAGUGACACGGGCUGUGCAGUCGCCUGUUAAUGGCAUCAUAUCUGCAUUACCCUUUGUUACCGCCUUUCAUGACAUGGAAAGUAGAGUCUAGCGUAUAGUGAGCAGUCACUAAUUUAUGGACCACAAUUAUUCUCAACAUUUAUAAAUCUUUACCUCAUCCGCUAACAUGAUUUCUCUUUCCCGUCUGAUUGAUGGCCAUCAGUGGUGGAGUUGAAGACAACAUAUCCCAUCAUUUCACACUCCUUCACAAGCGUCAUCAAGCUACACCAUUCAUGUUUCUAUAAAUUUCUACAAACUGUACCUUUAAGCCUUUAAAGAAGCUGUUACAUGAUGAAAAUGUGCAUAAAUGGAAGGUGUUCUGAUGCUCCUUUAUAUGUGACCGGAUUGCUAUCGUCUCUCUCAGGCAUAGUAAAUGCAAUGUUUUAUUACUUUAUAAUAUUCACGGUGUGGUGUAAAACAAGCCUCCAUCAACACACCAAAGCAAAGAAUGACCUGCACAAUAUACGUGUCAAUUCAGAAGUCGUUUUGAACAUUUUAGUUUAAAAUAAUAAAGCAUCCACACUUAUAUUACUUAACAUUUUUAUGAACUUUUUUGACUGUUUAAUAAAUAUGCCACACUUUACACAACAGAGCUGUUUUAGUAAAAUUAU